CUUCCCUACUAGUCGAGAGAACAAUCUGAUGAAGAGUCUGAGGAGUCGGUGAAGUUCAAGAGGCUUCACAAGCUAGUGAACUCUACUCGAAGAGUCAGGAAGAAGCUUAUCAGAGCAGAAGAAAUGAAGAAACCCAAUUCAGAAGGUCUGGAAGAUGUAGUUCACAGCACUCCCAUUGUGGAUGAUAAAUCCGCACUUUAUUCUGGAGUUCAUAAGAAGCCACAAUGUAGAGAUAAUUCGCUGGAAAAAACACAGACAGAAGAUAGCUCCUAUUCCGUGUCCCCAUCAUCUGGAAACCUUGAGACAAUGAGUGUUAACAGAAAACUUGUAAAGACUUUGAGCAAAUCUGAUAGCAGGGGUCUCAUCAAACCCCCAAAGAAGAUUGGAACAUUUUUUUCUUAUCCAGAGGAUGACAAGUCCCAAAAAGUCUCUCGCUCCUUGACAGAACGAGAAUUAAAGAAAAGCUUAGGCUCUUUAAAUCACGGGGUAAGUACAGAAAAUGUUUGCUUUUAUGACAGAAACAGGAACAAGCAUCACCUUUUGGUUUCUUUGGAAGAGGUACAAAACAUCAGAAAACAGAUACGACUGAAGAAACUUGACUCUAAUUACUCAUGUGCUAGAGCUUUUCUCUGUCAGCGACCAGCCCGGAAAGGAAUGCCCUCCCCUGCCUGUGACCAACAAACUUUCCGCCAGAGGUGUAGAAGUGGCAACAGUGUCUUCCCUAACCGGGCCACGAGGGCGAACAGUCAGUGAAUUUAACAUAACCUAUGUGGUGGAGAGGAGUCUGUACAGUCAUUUGAACUUAACCCACCUUGUGCGCCCUGUAAGUGACAGGACUCUUAGCAAGUCCGAGAAGAGAUGUCUCUUAGAAGAGGAAGAGGAGGCUGAAAGAAAAUGGGCUGCUACUGUCGACCGCUGUACUAAAAGGGUUCUCUUGAGAAUCCACCAAAAGUCUAGGACCUGCAGCUUUGGUGGAUUUGACCUUAGUAAUCGUUCAAUACAUGUUGGAAGUAAUGCAGAUUCACUGGAAAAAGAUGGACAAGUUAUAUACAAGGAAGUCAUCAAAUCUCCUAGCACACCAAGGAUAUCACUUGGUAAAAAAGUGAAGUCUGUCAAGGAAACCAUGAGGAAGAGGAUGUCCAAGAAAUACACAAGUUCUGUGUCAGAGCAGGACUCGAGUAUAGAUGGCAUGCCUGGGUCUCCUGAAUCUCCUCAUCCCCCCACCAGCACACUUGAUAAGCCAAAACUCAAAGCUGGGGGCUCAGUGGAAAGUCUUCGAAGUUCCUUGAGUGGCCAAAGUUCAAUGAGUGGCCAAACUGUCAGCACAACAGACUCAUCUGCUAGCAACAGAGAGAGUGUCAAGUCUGAGGAUGGUGAUGAUGAGGAGCCGCCAUACAGAGGACCUUUCUGUGGCCGAGCCAAAGUUCAUACAGAUUUCACCCCCAGCCCUUAUGACUCUGAUUCCCUGAAACUCAAGAAAGGUGACAUUAUUGAAAUUAUAAGCAAGCCUCCAAUGGGAACAUGGAUGGGUCUUUUGAACAAUAAGGUUGGCACUUUCAAGUUUAUAUAUGUGGAUGUGAUCAAUGAAGUUGAAGAGAAGCCCAAGCGGCCAACAAGGAGACGGCGUAAGGGACGACCACCAAAGCCAAAGUCUGUUGAAGAGCUUUUGGAUCGCAUCAAUCUUAAGGAGCACAUGCCAACUUUUCUCUUCAAUGGAUAUGAAGAUUUAGAUACUUUCAAACUUCUGGAAGAAGAUGAUUUGGAUGAAUUGAACAUCCAGAACCCAGAACAUAAAGCAGUCCUCCUUACAGCUAUUGAGUUGUUGCAGGAAUAUGACAGCAACAGUGAUCACUCUGGGUCUCAAGAGAAAUUGCUAACAGAAGGAGAGAUUGCAGGCUCCCCUCGGGACUCUGGCUGCUAUGAAAGCAAUGAUCAUUUUGAACAUGGCAAAAGUCCAGUGACUUCUCCAUUAUUGCCUAAGCCUUCCACUACUCAGCUCACAGACUACCCAGGUCUGAAGGUGACCAGAGAAGUAACACAGGGAGCCAAUGAAAAUGUCGGACAGCUUCAUGAUCACACUUUCUAUACAAAGUUAUUCAACCUUACAGGAACUAAAAAGAACAGAAGAAGUCUGCCUGUUGGGGUCUGUGCAAGUAACGAGCAGGAUGGACGGAAAUCUCUAAAGAUCUGGCCCAGAUCACACUCACUGGACAAUCUUCAAAAGGAAGGAAAUGAACUUCAGUGUAUUAAUGAAAACAAAGUUGUUUUCUCACCAGAUAAAACAGAAUCUAGUAGUUUUUUUGAGGAGGAAACAGGAGAUCUACAUGACAAAAUAACUUGCAAUAUGGACACUGUGGCACAUGGCAGGGCUGUUGAGCGUAUUGAAAUUGCAAGGACAUCUCAUAUACAAAGCCACGAUAAAGAUUGCACAGUCCAAAACACAAAUGAUUUUUCACAUGUAUCUACGGACAAGCCAAUGAUAACUGUAGAGCCCAGGGUAUCUGCAAAAAACCCUGCACAACCUCCCCCAGUUCCUGCCAAAAAAUGCAAAGAGCGAUUUGCUAAUGGCAUGAGCCAACCUCCUCUCAGUCUUACUAUUUCCAAUACUAAAGAAUCUUGUCUUCCUACUAUAAAAUCAGGCUUAUCAGGACCAAAUGAAUGCUCUGUACUUCCUGCCCAAGAGUGUGUUUCUCCAACCACCUCACGCCUGUCAUGGUUUCAUAAUUCCCCAGAUACUUCAAAUGUUCCACAACAUGCUGUAAAACUGGGUCCUGUGUCAGCCAGAAAGAUGGCUGUUGCCAGAGGAAUGGAUCAGGAAUUAUUAAUAGACAACAAGCUGCAGGAUGAGGAAAUUGAUCUUACAGAGGAACCGUACUCAGAUAAGCAUGGUCGCUGUGGUAUCCCAGAAGCCUUAGUGGAACGAUAUGCUGAAGACUUGGGUCAACCGGUCAAAGAUGUUGCAGGCUGGAUGGACCAGAUUCGUGUUAGACUUCUGAGAAAACAGCAUCGCAUGGCUAUACCAAGUGGAGGUCUAACUGAGAUUUGCAGAAAACCCGUAUCUCCUGGAUAUAUUUCAUCUGUUUCUGACUGGCUUAUAUCAAUUGGCCUUCCUAUGUAUGCACGUCCUCUGUUGGAAGCUGGAUUCACAUCAUUAAAUAAAGUGCCUGCUCUCUCUCAGACUCACUUAAGAGGCAUUGGAAUAAAAGAAGAGAGACAUAUAAACAAAAUACUAGGGGCGGCAAGACUUAUAAAGACCAUAACACCAGAAGCAGUCUAA